UCUGGUUGGUGGUCUUUAAUAUUCCCAAGUUAAAUUGUCGUGUGGUGUGUUGCUCUGAAAAAUUUUUCCCAAGUAACAAAUUUCAAAUCCGAUUAAAUCAACUGUCAUCGUUCGUGCGAAAUUAAAAUAAAUUUUCAAAUUAGAUAAACAUGGAUAAUUCGGGCAAGAAUCGCUAUGAAUUAUUAUUCAUGGACGACGACGUUAGUGAUCCAUUAGAUAAUAUCAAGAAAAAGGUUAAGCAACCAGCUGCUGCUACUGGGGCUGCAGUUGUUCCUUCCACUGCUGUCACUACAUUAAACAAAGGGCAAAAUAACAACACAAAUAAACAAAAUGCAUCUGCUGGAAAUGAUAGUUCUAAGAAAAACUCAUCAGAAAAGGAAAAUAAAUCAUUUGCAAUGAACAAAAAUGUGGAUUUCAAUCGGAAAUCCAAUACUGCUGGAAAUAAUGCUAUCAAUAACGCAUCGGUUGGUGGGGGUGGCGGUGGUGUAAGCAAAUCCAAACCCAAUCAACAGCAACUAGGCAACAACAGUCAAAAUGCAAAUCGCAACAACAGGGACAAUUUCAAUGGGCCAGCAUCACAGAAUCGAAAUAGCACUUCCAAGGCUCAGAAUGGUGAAACUCGGGAGCAACGUAAUAACCGUCGCAAUCGUGAAAAUGGUAUUCCUGGAUCAAUGGGCGGGAGUGGUGGAGGUGGAAGCGGUGGAAUGGGGGAAUAUAACAAUGAUUCACAACAACGCAUUCGCCAAAAUAAUCAACGCUUUAAUGGUCCACCACGUAAUCGUAAUGGAGCUGAUGGUGGAAAUGCACGCGGUGGAAAACGUGAGUUUGAUCGUCAAUCUGGUUCAGAUAAGACUGGAGUUAAGGCUGUUGAUAAACGCGAUGGAGCUGGAGCACAUAAUUGGGGUUCAGUUAAACAAGACAUCGAAGAUAUUAACAAAUCUAAUGAUGAAGCUGGACUUACCGACAAAGAAGAAUCAGGAAAUGAUCAAACUGCAACAGAACAAAAUGCUUCAAUCGAGGAAGAAACCAAAGAAUUGACUCUUGAUGAAUGGAAGGCACAAAGACAACAACGAGCUAAACCUCAAUUCAAUAUUCGCAAGGCUGGUGAGGGUGAAGAUGUAACACAAUGGAAAAAAAUGAUCGCCUUGAAUAACAAAAAGAAGGUUAGUUCAAAGAUUGAAGGAGACAGUGAGGAAGAAUUGGAGUAUGAUCCAUCAAUGUAUCCACAACGGGUUGGACGUUUGCAACGUGUUUUAGACAUUCAGUUUCACUUCAAUGAUGGUCGUCGUGGUGGUGGUGGAAUGGGUCGUGGUCGUGGACGUGGUUCCAGACCAACUGGUGGCGCUGAGCGUCCGAUUGGUGGUGAAAGGGGUAAUACUGGUGGUAAUGUUGGUGGAGUCGGUGCUGCUAUUUCUGCCCAAGGUGGUGGUGGACGUCCAGAUGGUCCACGUGUAAAUGUUGGCCGACCAAGAAAUGAGAACCCAAGAAGGGAGGGAGGUGGUAUGGAUAAACAACAACGUGGAGGCCAACAUGCACCAAAGGUGGAUGAUGAACGUCAGUUCCCAACUUUAAGCUAAAAAUCUUUAUAAACACACAACAAAAUUAAAAAAAAAAACACAUCAAACAAAACAAAAAAAGAAAGCCCAAACCAACCACAGAAGAACAACAAAACAACUAAACUAAACUGAAACAAUGUUCGUGUCAAUGUUUCAAUAUACAUUUUUUUUGUAUUUGGUUUCUAUUGUUUAUUUUAUACAUAUCUUCUUACAAAAACA